UGGACCGCCAGCAGAAGCGUCCGAGGUGUAACCAACACGGAUCGGAACAACCCCCACCAUGUCCACCCAGCAGCUCACUUCCUUGUUCGGAUCAAGGCUGUCCAGCGCCUACAACCAGCUCAGAGGUGACCUCGGCGCACCCCAGACAGCCACAGACACAAUAGGCAAACUCGUAGACAAGAUACAGACAAGCGCAGCCGUAGAGGACCGCAGGACUGCCGUGCUUGGCCUCAAGGGUCUCAGCAGGGACUGGAAAGAGGAUGUGGGAAGACGCGCUUUGCCUUCGCUCAUUGCCGUGCUGGAACAUGACGCGCCCUUUGAUAGCGAGAUCGCAAGAGCGACUCUCGAAACUCUGAUGCAGCUGUGUGAGACCGUCGAGAAGCCCACCAAAGAUGACCUCGGACUCUUCUUUACAGAUGCCUUCCUCGAGGUGCCUAAACCUUUGCACUCUCUGGUAAAUCUCAUAUCCGCCUCGCCUUCUUUCUAUCCCCGCUACUUUGCCGUCCAAUUCCUCAUCCAACUCACCACUGCGAGACCAGCGGUCGCCCAAUCCUACAUCAUGUCCUCCCCUCCUCCAGGGAUCGAUGGUAUCCUGGCUGUUUUGGAUACCAAAUCUCCCUCAGCCACACCGUCUAUGAUGGGUGGUGGUGCGGCUGAGAUGCUCCGGAACGAAGCUCUCUUACUAUUACCACCGAUGUUGGCUGGCAACCAGGAUCUGCAGAAGAUUGUUGCGUUUUCUGGUGCGUUUGAGAAGCUGUUUCAAAUUAUCGACCAAGAAGGCGGGGCGGACGGUGGAAUCGUUGUGCAAGAUGCCUUGGCUGCUGUAGCGUGUUUGCUCAGAUUCAAUGUUUCUAAUCAGAACUACUUUCGAGAGCUCACUCUAAUCCCCCAAAUUCCCCGGAUCCUCGACUUCCCCGCGCCCCUUCCUGCCGAUGAGCCCACCCCCGACGAAUUCGCCUUGCAAUACUGGUCUGAUCAAAAAAUCCACAACACCGGCUUGGUCUUGGGUUUGAUACGAAUGCUCGUUGGUGGUCCCGGAGGCGGCAACCAGAACGCCAUGGUCUCAAGCGGUGUCACCCGUUGCCUUCUCGAACUCUCACUUGCAUCAAACGCUCCACCCUCGAUCAAAUCCCAAUGCCUCUCGACUCUCACCCCAAUCCUCACCGCAUCUUCCACAAACCAAGAUCUUCUCUCUUCAUUGCUUGUGUCUCCUCUCCUCGCUGUACAGGCUGACGACGAGCACCCUGGCGGCGGAUUUGUUCGUGUCCCAGCCAAAUCGGCUGUGGAGGCUCUUGUAGCUAGUAUCAUCGACGGUGACCCUACGACGGGUGGAAAGGGGUUAAAGGCCCGCGCAGCGGGAGUUAAUAUGUUUGAGGCGUACCUCUCUAGCAACGAUGAAGGACGAAUCACCAUCCUCUCUGCCCUCGUCACUCCUAUUGCUGACAACCUCAACGUCGACCCCAUUUCCAACGCGGGCUCUCUCAUCCUUUCUGGCGUCCUCGAGCUCCCCCAUUCGUCCAUCACGCCCUCAUUUGAUCCUUACCGCCCUUUGUUCUCUUGCCUCCUCCUCUCGCACCUCAUCCGCAACUCUGAGCACGCCAAAAAACUUGCAAGAGAGAUCUCCUUCCCCUCUGGGGAUACGGAUCUCGAUCAUGAUCCCGAUUCGGCUAUAGAAACAGAGGAAGAUAAGAUUCCCCUUUUGCAGCUUGUUGUGGGCAACUUGAUGCUUGCGUCGAGGGAACAGACCGAGAGUGUGAAUCGCGCAGCGAGGAGUGGGGGAGCAGAAGCUACAAGGGAAGAGGAAGAAUGGACGAGGGUGAUGGUAGGGUACUUGGCGCUGUUGUGUACCUGGUUAUGGGACAGUCCCAAGAGUGUCAAGGAGUUUUUGAGUGAGAGUAAUAACCUCCAAGCUUUGAUUCAACCAAUAACCCAAAACACAUCUAUCGACCCCCUCGUCCAAGGUCUCUCCGCUUUCCUCCUUGGAGUCUGCUACGAAUUCAAUCGCGAACCAGGUGAAAUCACCCGCGCGACUUUACACCCCAUCUUACACUCCCGUAUCGGGCCGGAUCAGUUUGUCUCGAGGAUGGCGAGGUUGAGGGAAGAUCCGAGGUUUAGAGCAGUUCAACCUGAUGAAUUCGAGUUGACUUCUCUGUUGAGCAGCCAGGCUCCCAUGGGAGAGGAGGAAGAGGAAGACAUGGAGGUUUGGUUUGAUUGGGCUUUUGUUGAUUUCUGGAAGAACCAUUAUUACACUAUCCAGAGAUCAAUUGCCAUUGACCCUGAUGCCCCUCGCAAUGUUCCCCCCGCCGACGACGCUGAAACAGCCGCUAUCAUAAUGUCUCUCCGCUCCAAGCUCAAAACGCAGACCGACGAAGUCACCAACCUCACUAACAAAAUUGAGUCAUUGCAAAAAGAAGCCAAGGGUGAAAAGGGACAGUUGAUAGAAGAAGUUGAAAGCUUGUCGAGCCAGGUUGCAUCCCUGAGUACCCAGCUUGGGGAAAGCGUGAAACGUACCGAAGAAUUGGAGGGUGAAUUGAAUACACUCAAGCAAUCGUAUUCCGAUCUCGAGAAGACGGCAGCGGCCGCUCAAUCGACGGCAACAGAGUUGGAAUCCGUCAAGGAGGAACUGAAGCAAGUAAAAGAAGCGCAUGAAAAGGCGAGUAGCGAGUUGAGUUUGGCAAAGAUGAGUGCCAAGGGAAGGGAGGGCAAGUUUAAAGAUUUAGAGAACAAGGUGAAGGAGUUGGAGGAAGAGUUGGGAGAGGCUGUAAAGGCCAAGGAGGCUGCUGAGGCCCAAGCGGGGGCUGCUGCCGGUGCCGAUGCCGAUGCCGGUACUGGUAGGGGCGAUAGCGCUAGCAAGGCGGAAGAAGAGGUGAGGAAACUGGAGGAGGAGAACAAGAAGAAGGAGGAAGAGCUGAAAAAGUUGGGAGAAGAGGCUAAGAAGCGGAAGGAGGAAGCUACAAUGAAGGAAGAGGAGGCCAAGAAGCAGGAAGAGGAGGUUAAAAAGAAGGAAGAAGAGUGGAAUACCAAGCAAAGGGAAUGGGAAGCGCAAGUAAAGGCAAGGGAGGAUCGUGUCAAGCAGCUUGAACAAAAUUCCAAGUCAUCUGAAGAAAAGGCCAAGUCUGCCGAGGAGAAGACUGCGACUCUUGAGAGCAAGAUCAAGGAGCUUGAAGAGAAACUUGCAACCGCUGCUUCUGCCUCUACGGCCGCUCCUGCUGAAACUGCAGGUGGCAGUAACAAGCAAGCCAAGAAGCGUGCAGCCGAGCUCGAUGCCAAGGUGAAGGAACUUGAAGCUAGCCUGGUGGAAGAGAAGACUAAGCGGGAGGAAGAGGCCAAGGAGCAUGAAGAUUUACUGGUAUUGCUUGACGAGUUGACAGGGAAGAGGACGAGAGAUAAGCGUUUGAUGAAAGAAAAGGGACUUGAAGUUAGCGAAGAUGAGGAGGGGGAAGAUGAAGAAGAGUAAUGUGUAAACAUGGUAUCCUAUGUCUAGAUUCACACCGGAUUUGGAAGUAGUAAAAAAACAUAAUGCAAAUAUUCAUAAUCAGGAGUAGGG